AAUGGUCUCUGGAACAGUUGAACGGGCAUGAACAGGGUUGACUGGAACAGCAGUUCAGCAGACGUACACGUGUAUAAUUAGGUAUACUGGAAGCAUUAUCGUUGUGGAGGUACUCUUGCGAAGAUUACUUCCUGAAGAAGUGUAAUAUCCAAACCACACGACUUGCAUCUUUCAGGCUUCCCACCUCCAUCUUGCUCAAGGGCCGGCAUACGAGCCCUCAGCGACAAUCAACAAGACCCCGCUACCAACCAAUCCUCACCACCGCCCCGGGAGUAGUGAGCCCCUCGACGCCAAUGUCACAAUGGGCAAUAGCUCCAGCCGUAUAACGGCACAGGACCAAGCAAUUCUCGACCUCAAACUGCAACGAGACAAGCUCCACCAAUACCAGCGGCGGAUAACUCUCCUCACGGACAAGGAGACGGCCAUCGCGCGGCAGAUGCUGGCCAAGGGUGACAAGGCCCGCGCGCUGCUCGCCCUGCGGCGCAAAAAGUACCAGGAAUCGCUGCUGGCAAAGACGGACGCGCAGCUCGAGCAGCUCGAGAAGCUGACGUCGUCGGUCGAGUUCGCGCUGAUCCAGAAGGACGUCGUCUUCGGCCUGCAGCAGGGCGCCAAGGUGCUCAAGGAGAUACACGCUGAGAUGGGCGGCAUCGAGAAGGUGGAGAAGCUGAUGGAGGAGACAGCCGAGGCGAUUGCUUACCAGAAGGAAGUCAGCGAGAUACUUGCCGGGCGAAUAACGAACCAGGAUGAGGAAGAGGUUGAGGAUGAGCUGGCAGCGCUUGAGGCUGAAGUCACGGGCAGGACUUUAGGAGUUCGACAGCAACUGCCGAGUGUUCCUGACACCCAGCUGCCAGCGAACCAGGUCGAGGAGGAGCCUAAGCCGGAAACGACGGGGCUCAAGAGGCAGACGGAGAGGCAGGCAAUGCUAGCCUCCUAGAAGGCGUGCUAUCAGGAGAGGACGUUGGUGGUACGGGACGUGUUAUGGGGAUACGUUGCCUGAUGACUCACGAGUUUUGCAUAUACGUUAGGAUCAGAGUGUCAUGCUCGGGAAUCCGAGCUUGUCAAUACAGCCCAGGCGGGUAUACUAAUGACUAGUCUAAACCGUACAUCAAAGGACGAAUCCAGAGCCUUUACAGCGAUGAACC